GCGCCUGCGCAUUUAGCCGGAUGACGUGUUAGCCAUCUUGACAACUCGAAAAGUUAUAAACGUCCCAAAAAUGUAUUUGGUCCUCCAACGACUCCUUUGUCUUCUGACAACUGUAGUAAUGAUAUGCGAGGGCUUCUAUUUACCAGGACUGGCACCUGUAGUUUAUUGUGACAAGUCACUCAACGACCAUAAAAAUUGCAAGACUGAUUUGAAAAUUUUUGUGAAUCGUCUCAACAGUGUUGAAACAGUAGUUCCAUAUGAAUAUCAUAAGUUUGACUUCUGUGUUGUUGAUGAGGAUAACUCUCCAACAGAAAAUUUGGGUCAGGUUGUUUUUGGAGAAAGAAUAAGACCAUCUCCUUACAAGAUGACAUUUAAACAGCAAAUUCAAUGUCAAAGUGUGUGUAAGAAGGAGUAUGCUCAUGGUGACAAGGAAAAAGUUAGCAAAUUAAAAUUCCUUAAGAAUGGAAUUGCUUUGAACUAUAAUCAUCACUGGAUAAUAGACAACAUGCCUAUUACAUGGUGUUAUGAUGUAGAAAAUGGACAGAAAUAUUGCUCUACAGGCUUCCCUAUUGGCUGUUUUGUUGACAAAGAUGGUAAACAAAAGGAUGCAUGUGUUAUAAGUAAUAAAUACAGUGAAAAGAAUACUUACUACGUGUUCAACCAUAUAGAUGUAACUAUAACCUACCAUAGUGGUACAAACACUGACUGGGGACAAGAAUUUGGAUGGGAUGGUGGUAGAAUUGUAGCUGCAAAAUUAGAACCUAGAAGUAUAAAACACAGUAAGGCAGGAGAUUGUAGUCCAGGAUUACCUGCCCUUGGUAUUGGUGCUGAUACCACUGAUAUAUCAUUUAACUAUACUUACAGUGUCUCAUGGGAGACAAAUGAUGACAUCAAAUGGUCAUCUAGAUGGGAUUAUAUUCUGAAAUCAAUGCCAAACACAAACAUUCAAUGGUUUAGUAUUAUGAAUUCCUUGGUGAUAGUGUUGUUCCUGUCUGGUAUGGUAGCCAUGAUUAUGUUGAGAACACUCCACAAAGAUAUUGCCAGAUAUAACCAGAUGGAUAACUCAGAGGACGCCCAAGAAGAGUUUGGUUGGAAGUUAGUCCAUGGAGAUGUGUUCCGUCCACCAAGGAAGGGAAUGAUGCUUGCAGUCCUCAAUGGAAAUGGAGUACAGAUAUUCUGCAUGACUUUGAUUACUUUAGUAUUUGCCUGUCUUGGAUUUCUUUCUCCAGCCAAUAGAGGAGCAUUGAUGACCUGUUCAUUGGUAUUGUAUGUAUGUCUUGGAACCCCUGCUGGAUAUGUAUCAGCUAGACUAUAUAAAAUGUUUGGAGGUGAAAAAUGGAAAUCCAAUGUUAUUCUGACAGCAUUCUCAUGUUCAGGUAUUGUAUUUGGAGUGUUUUUCUUGUUGAACUUGGUACUCUGGGCCAAAGGAAGUAGUGCAGCGAUACCAUUUAGUACACUGAUAGCUUUGUUAGCAUUAUGGUUUGGUAUUUCUGUACCUCUCGUAUUUAUUGGUGCAUACUUUGGAUAUAAGAAGAGGGCAAUUGAGCAUCCAGUGAGAACAAACCAGAUCCCCAGACAAAUCCCAGAUCAAUCUAUGUACACCAGACCUAUUCCAGGAAUUAUUAUGGGAGGUGUUCUACCAUUUGGAUGUAUCUUUAUUCAACUUUUCUUCAUUUUAAAUAGCAUUUGGUCUCAUCAGACUUACUACAUGUUUGGAUUUUUAUUCCUUGUAUUCACUAUACUCAUCAUUACUUGUUCAGAAGCUACCAUUUUACUCUGCUAUUUCCAUCUGUGUGCAGAGGACUACCAUUGGUGGUGGAGAUCUUUCCUAACCAGUGGAUUUACAGCCAUCUAUCUAUUUAUAUAUUGUAUACAUUACUUGGUGUCUAAGCUGGAAAUCCAUGGAUCUGCUAGUUAUUUCCUGUAUUUGGGAUAUACAUUUAUUAUGGUCUUUUUGUUUUUCUUGUUAACAGGUUCUAUUGGUUUCUUCUCCUGUUUCUGGUUUGUAACAAAGAUAUACAGUGUUGUGAAAGUGGAUUAAAAAUGGAUAUUAUACUUACCAGGGGGCUACUAUUACUGAUAAAUGGAUGUAAACUAAUGGGGAAGCAACCUAAGUUGUUUGAUAUCAUGGGUCAGAAUUUGUUAUUUUAAAAGUAGUGAUGAAAUUACUACAACAUGCCAUGUACAAAAUUGUUUUAUUUAUGCUUUGUGUUGGUAAGUAGUGGAACAUUGUCUCCCCUUUUUCUAAGGUUGAGAUUUUACAAGAUAAAGAAACACAACUUUAUAUUUUCAGUUGUGCCACACUUAUACCUACCAUUGUUAUUUACACAAUAAAAACUAAGCAUAUGUGAACUAUUUACAUGACUGUUAUCCUUUGUAUGUAGAGAAGCUGCAACCAGUUUUCUUGUAGUGAGUUAACAUACAGCAAAAUGUGAAGAAUAAAUGUGAAGCAUGAGUGUCAGCUAAUUUCACAUUAUAACUGUAGAUAAUGUUACACUGUUCUCAUACUCUUUGUUAUAAGUCAAGAAAGUGAUGUCAGUUGAUCUAUUCAUUUCACAUGUUUCAAAUCAAAUCAUGAUUUGUUUACAAGUUUAAUUACUUUUUGCAGUUAGAUCAUAGAAAAUUGAAAAAGUUAUGGAUUGAAAUUAUUUACUUAAGUUGUCACGGGGCAUUCCCAGAAAAAAAUAAAUUGGAGAAUUUGACACAUCAUGACAUUUGAGUCAUGUCGGCAGUAGGGGUGAAAACAAAUACAAUUCUGUUAGAAAUUAAAAUUAUGGGUGGUAUUGUAUAAAGGUAUAGUUAAUAUCUGACAUCAAUUUCUUGCUCUUUUUAUAUGUUUAUUUUUUUAUAUGAGGUUUCAUACAUAUUUAUGAUUUUGUUAGUAUAGUUAUCAAUUUUUUGUUAGUGUGUAUUUGUUGUAACAUUGUUUUUAUUUGUCUAAAGGUCCCUUUUUGUUUCUUGAAUAGUCAUGUUUUGGCAUACAUUUGCAAUGGAAACUAAACUUAUCGAAUUAAUUGGUUGCAUUUGAUAGUAAAAUGUUCAAAUUGUAAAAAAAAAAACACAAACUGAUGAUUCAAAAAGAGUGUAACAGACAAGCUAUCCAGUUACUGAUUUAUAUACAGAAUAUAGUCUGACAAUUCCAAAAAAAAAUUUGGAUUCCCUUAAUGAUCACUUUAGUAGAGUAUGCAUUAAUAGUUGUAUAAAAAAUAUUCCAGACCAUGAUGUAUUCUUUUUACUUCACUUUGUGUGUUGUAAAUUACUAACGGUAGAUAGUCACCUGUAGAAUAAUUGGUUUAAUGUGGUAUUUAUUAACUCUUUAUGUGUAUGAUCUUGUGCCUUUCAUUGAACAAAUGUCAUAGAAAACCAUGUGUGAAUAAGUUAUAUUGUAAACCUUUCAGCAGAGUAUUUUAUCUGAUUCUCAUAAUAAGCCAUUCUGUAUGAUAUGCUUUGUAAGAAAAAAAUGAAUUGAAAUUGUAUACAAUUAAUAAUUUAUAAUAUUUUAUGCUGAUGUUAUGGAAGACAAGUAUAAAAGUAAAAUAUAAGUGUAAAAAUGUAAACAAUUUAUGUAAGGUAUUAAAAAAGUUGGCUUUGAUCACUGAUAUAUGCAAUGGUGUAAAUACUCAUUUUGUAUAAGCACAUUUUAAAAUAUCCAUUUAAUAUAUAGAAAAUGAUUUAAGUAGAUUUUAGGAAAUGAUAAUAAAAACAAGACUUAUUCUUUAAUGAAUAACUGGUGUUAGAGUAUUUUAAGUAAUUUUCGAAUAGCGUUGUGAAUGACUUCAUUGAUUAUAUGUAUAAAGAGCAUUCCAGUUGGUUGAAGAACCUAUUGUAAGAUAAGGAAACUCACUCAAGGGUUAUUCUGUGUCUUCCUUUCUUACCAGAAAAAUCCUGCAUCAGAGAUCGACUUUGAUUUUACUUAUUAAGUUAAUAUAGCAAAAAAUAAAUUGUAUUUAAUUUAAGAUGAAAAUUAUUUAAGAGUCUUUAUCAAUAGUUGAAUGAACUUAAAUAAUUUUCUUUCAUUUAGUCAAAGAACAGUGUUUGAUCACAACUUGUAGACAUUUUUCACUUUAAUAUGAGUUUGAAGCCUGUGGUGAAAAGGGCUGUAGAAACACACAGUGUUAUAAACUUUGUCUAGAAUUAACUAUAACUAUUUAGGAAAUAUUGUUUACUAUUAUUUUACUUACUUAUAGAUUAAUAAUCUGUUGUUUAAUAAGUUGCACAGUUUUACACAAUUUUCUGUUCAUAAGGAAUACUAUAACAGUAUAUGUAUAUAGUGGGUACAUUUUUAUGUGAUAUUUAUGACUGUUGGUGUUCUCAUGAAGGAUAAUGCUUAAAUUAAAUAAAAUUAUAUAAAUA